AUUUUUCAAUUCCGAUUUAUUUUUGCUCACCUCGUGUAGUAUUGCCAAAGAUGGUUAUAAAAAGGGGAGGUGGAAGCGAUAAUUAAACCGAAGUUUUGACCGUUAGAACUAGCUUCCCCCGCUUAAAGAAAAGCAAAAACGAGAAAAUAAGAGAGAAUAUAAAGCAUAAAUCAAUUUUUGGCCGGCUAGCCCUAAUUUCAUUCCAAAGAUCAACGAAUUGCAUUGAAUCUCAGAUAUUAGCCAAACAUGACAACUCCUUGCACUCAGCGGCCAUUGAUCAUCCAGGAUGAAAAUUUGGGCAUCCACCACAGAAAAAAAGGAACUGAAGGGACAGUAAAAAGUUCUAAACCAGCUGCCAAGAAAGGUCAAGUUCUAGGAAGUCGCAAAGCUUUGAAUGACAUAACUAACAAGUCAUCCCUGCAUCCCAGUGUCUCCACUAAGAAGAAGAGUGCAGCAAAAGAAGAAUUUAAUAUUGCAGGGGAGAAGUUUCUGCACGAUCAUACGAAAUGCAUUGAAACAAAUAGGAAAGCAAUGGAGUCUUCCUUCUGGGAAACAGUUUUUCCAAAACAUGAUACUCUAUCAAAUGUUGUCUUUUCAGAGUCUGUAGUGGCAAAGCACAUAAUGUUACAAAUACUUCACUUUGCGCUUCAGAAUGAUCCUGAGAGCCCCCGUUUCUACCCAGAACCUGUAGAGUUGCCUAUGUCAGAAUUUGUUGACUGGUUACAGCCUUUAUCAGAAUUGGACUCCCAGCCAUCUUCUCCAAUAUACUGGGAUUCUCUUCCUGCUUCUCCAUUUCAAUGGGAUAAGGUGGAGCAUGUUGAGUUUGUGCUGAAGGAAGAAAUGGAUUGUUAAGAUUGCCAUCUGUUGACUCAGUUCUGCAAGGUUUUUGUUGUGUUCAUUUGUCACUUUGUACCAUCGGAAAAUUGGUGUUUAGCUCGUGACAGUAGAACAAAUUUACUUACAAAAAUAACUUAAAUUUUUCUUUGCAAGGAUGAUAUUUAAGAUGGGGGCAUGCCGCAUCAGUAAGACCUUGUGAUGCAAAGUAGAGAAGAUUGUCCUUGGGUAAUGUUAUCAAAUAUAUCAGACAACUCUUGAAACAGACCUCCAAAUUGUCUCUCUUAAGAUCGUAGUUUAUUUCUGAAUGUAAAGCUUGUGCAAUGAAUACUGAACAUAUUGUACAUCAGAUUUAAGCUCAAAACUUAAGAAAGUUAUUUUUGCUGCCGUA